AUGUUACCCAGGAAAAUAGCCGAGGAUAAAAAGAUAAAUCCUAGACAGUUAUAUCAAACCUUGGACUUAGUUGAAUCGAAAACAUCUUCAGAAUGCUUGAUGCAUAAGAAAAUAGAAUACAAUAAUGAAACAGUCCCUUUGUCCUUGGUAGCCCUGACAUCAAUAUUUCCAUCUGAUUUCCCAUCCAGCAGCAUAGACAGGAAUAGAUACAGCUGCCUGAGACAGAUAGACAUGUGUCAAGACAAAUGCAGUGAAGAAACUUCAUGCAGUAGCAUCAGUUUGACGUGUAUGCCCAACAAGAGGUCAUGCAAGAAAUAUGUACUAGAGAUUCUUGCUUCACAUUUGAGGUCAGAUAUAUCUUUUCAGAUAAAAAAUGCAGUAGUCUACAGUGAAAACUGUGCCACCAAGUUCUUUAUCGGACAAUUCUUUUCCAUUAUGAAUUCCGGGCAUUCUCAAGUGAAGCAUCAGGCAAAAGGCCAAAGUAAAAUAUAA